AUGAAUGGAGCCGCGACUAGGAAAGGGGCGCCCCCUCCCCUUCAUGCCCUGGAGAGGUCUAUGACCGACGGGUUCGAUAAGUCGCGGUACACUCCCGUCAACGCCGCCGACCGGCCCCGAAUCUCUGCGAUGGUCGACCUGGAUGACCCUAUCCAAAUCCACCUCUUGAUGGAAACCGCUUUGAGUGAUAGCAAGCAAUGGGAGAUCCUAUCCCAAGAAGAGGUGGACGACCUCAAGAAACAAACCCACUCCCUAACGAUACGCAUCGACCAAGCCCGCGCCAACCUCGCUAUCCAGACAAAGUACCGCGAUGCCGCCGUAUCCAUGGCCCGACUAUACAACCCUGGACACAGGAGAAACAGCUCCCGUGACGACAUUGCUGCUGCGAGGGAGGCCGAAGUGGAGAAGCAAAACAGCGAGCGCCUUUGCAAUGAGCUUUCAUCUGAGCUCGCCAUGCUCGAAAACCAUCUGUUUGACUCUCAACGCCGGCUACUGCAACAUACCGCCGCCAUCUUGCAGUUGACACAUGGCGCGAGAAGGAGGAACGCGCAGACGCCCAACGGCCAGGUCUUUGGCAACUCGAUGAUGGUCAAUGGCAUGCCCGAGAGCCCCGAAAGUCUCUACACAUACACCAACUCGCGGGACAGUAUCAGCAUGGAACCCAUCGGCGGAGAUGAUGGAUUCGACUGGCGAACAUUACACCCCUCGGAAGGACCAGCUGAGAGAUCGGUGACCCCUGCUUCUACUGCAGCGCCAACUUUGACGAAUCUCGAAAUCCCACCAAAAUCGCCAAUCCGUGAGCAGACCAGCCAGCUGCGGGAAGAGAUGGAGCGGGUCAAGGAAGAGAACGAGAGGCUUAAGGCGGCGGAGCAGAAGCUCCGGGACACAGAGGACCAGCUCAGGGCAGGACAGCAGGAACUUUCGGCCGAGAAUGACGCUAUUCGCACGGAGAUCAACGACCAAAUCAGGCUGUUCGCGGAAACCGAGCAGAGACUGGGGAUCUUGAAUCACAAGCUGAGAGAUGUAAUCACGGAGAUCAACCCGUCCGCCGAUGCUAACCUCGAUGAUCCUGAGCCUUCCGCCGGAAAUGGCCAAACGCUCCCUGUUCAACUUAACUACCUUGAGCGUGGUCUUGACAUGGCCAUGCACGAGCAGCAACUGAGAUCUGCAGCGAUCAACAGAGACUUGGAACUUGCCGGUGAUGCCUCGGUGGCCACCCUCACCCAGGCCGAAAAGCGCAUCGAGGCACUGAACAGGCGUGCCCAUACCUUCCUGACACAGACCGUUCCCGACACACCUGCUCCUCCCACGGUCUCCGAAGGAUCUCUCGAUGAGCAACUUGACUACCUCGAGAGCACCCUGCGCACCAUCAGAGUCGAGAUGGGCCGCGCCCAGGGUUCGACUGCUAAUACUAACAACAACGCCAGCAGAUCCAACAGCGAGCAAGUCGAGGCCGUACUCAUGGGUCUGUGGGAUAUCAUCCACACCGGCUACGCGGAGAUUCAACGCGCCAAGGCUGCCCGUCGCCAGAAGCGUAUCGAGAUGAACCUGUCUGUCGACGACGAAGACGAAGACUACCUCUCCGGCAACGACGAAGCCAUCGAUCCCAACGAGCAGUACUCGCUCCAGGGUUUCUCCGCCAAGGUCCAAUGGCUCUACGCCCAAGCCACCAGUCUCAAGGAGCAAAAGGCCGUAUUGCAGCGCCAAAUCAAGCAGCAGCGCGAGCUCAACAACAAGAGCGGGUCAGAAAAGGACGCCGAGCUGCGCGCGAAGAUGGAUGAACUCGAGAAAAUGCGCACCCUCAUCGAUGACGCCGAGGCCCGCGUCCACGAAGCAAAGGACAAGAUGGAAAGCGCCCUCGAGCAAAUGGAGACGAUGCAGCGCACCACGGCCGAGCGCGAAGAGGCCGCCAUGGCGCGCGGCGCGCAGCAGACGCAGGAUAAGCUCAUGGAGCGCAACGCCGUCAUCGCCAACCUGGAGAGCAAGUUCAAUGACGUGUCCACGCGCCUGGCCGAGACGGAAGCGGACGUGGUCGAUCUGCAGUCCCAGCUCGAGCAAUCCGCCAAGGCCAAGGCGGCAGCCGAAAAGUCCCAGAAGGACGCCGAGGACAUCGUCGAGGGCUUGCGCAAGGAAAUCAAAGACAAGGACGAGGAGCUCGAGCGCAUGAACAUGAUGCUCGUCGAGAUCAAGAUGGAAAUGACCAUCGCCAAGGCCGAGCUAGACGGAGCCUACGGGUCGCGCGCCGAGCGGGCUGCCCAGGCAGCGGCUAUCAGCAAUAAGAGCGAGCUGGCGGACUUGCAGGCGCAGGUGGCCAAGCUGAAGAUGGAGCUGGAGAGCACGCUCAGGGACUUUGAGGCGAUUACCAAGGAGUCAAUCGCUGCCGAGAAGGAGAAGCUUGAUCUAGAGCAUAAGCUGGAUGACGCGCUGCAGGCCAAGGAGUCGCUGGACAGCGAGGUGGCGGAGCUAAGGGAGAAGAUGGACCGGGAGAUUGGUAGACUGAAGGAGGAAUUGGAUAAGGAGCGUCUAAGACCGCCACCCAGUCCGGCGCUGAGCGCGGCGGGUAGUGCUAACGGCAUGUUGAGUCCCAGGAUGGGCGCGACGAUGCUCAGUGAGCAGUUUAGGGCGACGAUGAAGGAGGAGAGAAAGAGGUUUAAUGGGGAGAUGAAGGAGGAACUGGCCAAGCGUCGUAAGCUGGAGGAGGAACUGCGUGCCUUGAGGCGGACGACGGCAACGGUUGCAGCUGGUGGUGGUGGGCUAACUCCGGGGUUGAAGAGUCCGCUUAGUACGGGGGCGCUUAGUCCUAGGUCGUGA